AGUGAGCAGGAGAGAGCCGGGGAAAGGGACCCCAGGAGGCAGGGAGAGGCCAAGGCAGGCGCAGUGAAGUGGGGAAGAAGGCGCUGGGAGGCACAGGAAGUCCCCGAGGUUAGGGGCACCAGGGUCACCAUGUGGUCUCCGCCUUCCAAUUCUUUAUUUCCCCUCCCGGGCUUCAAAAACGAAGAGGAAGCAGGGAGAAGGACCGGGGGUGGGUGGCCCAGGCAGAGCCCUCCUUCCCACCUUCCUGAGACACCCCCCACCCGCCUUCCCAGGAUGCAGCAAGAGGUGGAGCCUCUGAGUUCCGCCCCCCUGGGCAGCCCCCGCGUGCACAAGGAGGCAGGAGCCCUCCUUGUGAACCUGGAGAUCCCAGAAGACACACAGGCCCGGAUCCAGGGCAGGCCCAUCAAAUCCUCGAAGCAGUACCUGCGGCAGGUCAUUGCAGAAUAUGAGGCACUGGACAGAGAGCUCCCAUGCAUUCGGAAGUUCUCCAUGCCACCUGCUGCCCAGCCCCUCUGCCUCUGCAUGGAGACCUCCGGACCAACUCCCAUCCCAUCACUCCCCUCCUGUGGAGUUUUGAGGAAGGGACCCUUCAGCUCCUGCUCCUCCCCACCUAAGCCUUGCCUCUCUGGAGGUGAGAAUACGUUUUCACUUAGCUCCUCAGUAACGGUAUAUGCUUUAACAACUCUGAAUCGCUUUUGAAAUUGCAGUCUCAUACUGAAAACGUGACUGGUGAUCAACAGAUUCUUCUGAAUGUUAAAUAGAUUAAUAAGACGUCAAAACGCCACGACCCUUGUGUUUUGAUAACUGAACAUCUUUAAAAUGCAAAUAUGGCUUUAAAAGGAAAAGUUACAAUUUAAAUCCUGGCAGAAAUCUUCAGGAGCUUAGAGUACCACACAUCGCAUUGAUGGAAAAGUUUUUGGUAGACUGCUGAAGUUGGCCACACUGGGAAUCAUUCAGGCAACUGUUCAUUGGCUUGGCGAGAACUGAGUCUCUGGAGAAUGACCUCGAAUGACAGUUGACGCUGAAAGAUACCUAUCGUCCCCUACUCCCGAUUGACAAAAGCAAUAGGACCCUGGGAUCAAGUGCGAUCCCCGCUCCUCAAACGCCACCUGGGACCAGGUUCUGCAGGGCGUCUAGGGUGGUGGCUUUCUAACUAGGACCGAAGGGUGGGACCAGGUCAUCAAGGACUGAAGCUCUUCGACUCCCCCAGGAGGAUUUUACCCACCUGGAGGUGCUGGAGGCGCUUGAGGCCGAGUUGCCCGGGGCCAUGGAGAGCGGGUGCGUGAGCAGCAUCCGCUUUGAGAACGUGAACGUCA